AUGUCAGAGAUAAAGAUGACAGAUGCGAACGAGCACGAGCACCCAGAGAGCAGAGCCCUCGAAAAUGCCUCAGACCACCCAGACCCUGAUGCGGUAAAACCUAUCCCAUCAUACGAAGAGGAGGUGAUUCUUUACCCUCUUAUUUCCUUGAAACAUUUUAAAAUAUUUUCGCUAGAUUAAUUUUGGAUUUUAUGUUCGUCAACAUAUUAUUUACCUGAAUCACCUCUUCUCAGGAGAAAGCCAUCAAGAAGAAAUAUGGGGGACUAUUACCCAAAAAGCCCCCUCUCAUUUCCAAGGUAUCUGAGUUAUAUUCCAAAAGUGGAGGCAAAAAGAGCACUUUAUUUUCAUCAGAGACCUCCUAGUAUAUCUAUCUCUAUUCUCAUUUGGCUGUUUGGAUGUCCGAAAACGCCUGCGAUUCAGGAUCAUGAGCGAGCCUUCUUCGACUCCGCUGACUGGGCAUUAGGAAAGGUAGAAGCUCUACAUUUUCCUCAGAUUCCAGGAAGAAUUUCCUUUUUUUUCUUUUUUUCUUUAUUUGCUGGUGAACAUUAAUAUUAUAUUAUUCUCCAACCUUUUAUUUGAUGCCAAACGCGCAGCAAGGAGCCCCUGCAGAGAAACCCAAAGGGCCUCUUGAGGCGCUUCGACCCAAACUCCAGGUUUUUUUCCACCUCAUUCCUUCAAAUAAUUUUCAAUCAUAUAAAAAAAAUGUAAUUUUCUCUGAAUAUGUACCCUGGUUCUUUGGAGCUCAGCCCACUCAUCAGCAAGUCCGCUUGAGACGAUCGGUGUAUGCCCCCGCUGAAGGCGAAGGUACAAGCCAUCCGAUCUGCAGACCAUGGAUCUAUCUGAAAUCUGGGCAUGAUCUCAUCUAGGUGUCUUUUUCUUCUUCACCAGACGGAUCAAGCGGCGCUCCAGAUGAUCUGGGCAGCAAUGAAUGA